AUGAUGGACGAGAAUAGUACAUUUAAUAAUACUAAUAGUUCAGUAACUGUUAUCAAUGAUGUCAUACCUAGAGCAGUUGGAUUUUGGCUUUAUAUAAUUUUUCUUAUACCUUCUAUUAUCUGUUCAGUGGUUGUUAUCUCACAUCUUCUACUUCAUCGUCCAUCACGUAAUGCUCUCAGUAAUCAUGUUAUUCUUGUUGAUCUUAUUAUUGGUCUCAUUUCUCUGUUAACACUAUAUCCGUGGAUACUUUAUUAUUAUCGACAUGAAGGUAUAUGGCACAGAUCUCCUGCCUUUUGUGCUGUUUGGAGUUUUAUUGAUGAGGGACUUUAUAUAACUCAAAUGAUACUCUUUUGUUGGGCUACUAUUGAAAGACAUAUACUUAUUUUUUAUAGUGGAUGGAUGAUGUCAAAAAAGAAACGUUUUCUUAUCCAUUAUCUUCCUCUCAUUCUCAUUUUUCUUUAUUGCAUGAUCUAUUAUAGUAUCGCUAACUUUUUUCCACCUUGUGAAAAUUAUUUUGAUGAUUCUACCAUGCAAUGUUAUUAUCUUUGUUUUUAUGACAACUACGCUAUGUUUAUGUGGGAAAUGAUAGUUCAUGAAAUCAUACCUGCUAUAACCAUUGUUGCAUCAAGUAUAGCUUUGAUAGUACGUGUUUCAUGGCAAAAGCAUCGUAUACAUCAAUUAAUUCGAUGGCGAAAACAUCGGAAACUGGUAAUUCAAUUAUUAUCUAUAUCUUUACUUUUUAUUAUAUUCUUUUUUCCGCUCACAGUGAUGAAUUUUUUAUAUUUGUGUGGUUUACCGGCUGAUACCGGGACUGAAGUUUUUGAGUAUAUCUUAUUUCUUAGCUAUUAUAUGCCGCUUCUAUUACCUUUUGUUUGUAUAUUAUCAUUACCUGAACUUCGAAACAAAAUCAGUAAUAUGUUAUGUUCCCGACGACAAGUGAGACGGAUUUGGACCUGCAAUAUGUGAAAUAAUGAUCCUGGUUGGAAAUCCAAUACUUAUCUAGAAAUAAUUAUUUAUGUAUUAUAAUAGAAAAAUAAUCAAAUCAUUGUAUAUUAUCUAUAUUAAAUUCUGAACAUUUUUUUUGACAUGAUUGAAUUCUUUUAUUUUAUUUUAUUUUUAAUUUAAUGUAUUUAAAUUCAAAAGAAGGUGUGCCAAAUUACGGAUACAGCAUCCCAAACAAGAUCGGCCUAAUUUUAUUAGCCCGAUAAUCAGCAUUGAUCCCUGAUUAUUUUUCACAAGUUUAUUUUGCAUUUUAUCACAACUCAAUUUUUUGACCCCUGGGGUCCCCCUCAGGGUUCAAAAAAAAGUUUUUUUCGUCACUUCAUUAGAAGUCCGUCUAAUUUGAUAGCACUAUGUGUGCUGAUUACAAAUAUCACAUUACUUUUCAAAAAUGCUCGGAUAAUAAGGAAGAUCGGAAGUACUCUUUGGAAGCCGUAAAAAUCAGUUUUAGAUUUGAAAGUCUAUCAAAGUUCGAACAAAACUAGUCAAAAACAAGCUUAUUAGAUAGAGAAUUUUAUUCUCUGUCAGAAUCUAUAAGAACAUCUUAGACGUUGGAAUCUUUUUCUAUCGAUAAAUGCCAAACACCGCCCCAAUUAGGUUAUUUGGUACAAAUAAUGAUUUUUCGAGUCUUUUGAAGUUAUAGUUUUUCCGGGUGCACCAGCCUGAUUUUUUCACUGAAUCGGUAGUUUAAUGUGUUCUUUCUGAUAACACCAUUUUCAACUUAGAAUUCAAUGUCUUAAGAAUCACUUUUGCAUCACUACUGUGUUGGACAGCCAAUUUGCCCGUUUUUUGAUGGUUUUCAGGCAGAAAGUAGUUCAUUUGACUUUUUAAAAAUACCAUAUUUGAAAUCAGCACAAAAAACUGAGUCAGACCAUAUACAUUUCAAACUGCUUCUAUGACUUUCAUUUUCCGGUCAAUGUUAGGUCUCCGGUUCCUCUCAGGGAUGGUCGAAAAAGUGAUCGAAGAAUAAAAGUCGUAGAAGCAGUUUGAAAUGUAUAUGGUCUGACUCAGUUUUUUUGUGCUGAUUUCAAAUAUGGUAUUUUUAAAAAGUAAAAUGAAGUACUUUCUGCCUGAAAACCAUCA